AUGACGUCAUCGUCCAUGACCAGCGUUCUCCUCAUCGUUCUUCACUUGUCCUCCGUCGCUCCUAUUUGGGCGCUGAGUCCCUCACCGGAUGGCCUUCAAUCGGGGACAACCGUCCCUUCGCAUGUCCCUGGAAGUCUCACUCCAACUGAUGGUGCUGAUCCAUUCGUUCUCAGACCCAGGCCAGAAACCACUCUUUCCGCAACAUCUGAGUAUGCUUCAAGACGUCUCGCAACUCUUCCCACGGAGACCGAAUCUGCAGCAGCAAAUUCUGCUGAAUUUCCUCCCUCCCUCGUGGCUGGACUUUCCGAACCUAGAGGCUCGGCCAGGCCUGCCGAACCUACAGAUCCGGCAGGUUCUGCUACAGCUCGUACAGCUUCUGCCGAGCAUGCAUCGGAGCAAGGAGAGAAAGGGGAAGACGACAAGAAGAAUAUAGAUGCAACAGCUGCUUCUGGUGUGAGUGCAGCAGAGGGAAGCGAGAAAGGGGAGGAAGAGGACAGGGGAUUAAAUGCAACAGCUGCUUCGGGAGGUGUGACUGGAACAGAGGGAGGAAAGGAGGUGCAGGAGGAAGGGGAGGAGAAGCAGGAGGAGGAAGACGAGGAGGAGAAGGGGGGGAGUGGAGCUACUGCUGCUGCUGCUGCUGCCACUGCCGGGAGCGCAGACGAGGAGGGUGCAAGGUCGGUCGGUGGGGCUGCAGAGAAUGAGAAGGUGACUGGUGGGGAAGCAAAGGAUGUGAAGACGGCUGGUGGGGAGGCAGAGAACGAAGAGGAAGAGGAGGCGGAGGAGGAGAAGGAGAUGGGGAAGGAAGGGACGAGGGAGGUGGGGAUGGAUGGGGGAAAUCAGACUGCGAAGGGAGGGAAGGAGGAGGGAAGAGAGGAGGGCGUGAGUGGUGAGGGGCAGAGGGGGGAAGGCGUGAGUGGGCAGCAGCAGAGGGGUGAGCGCGUGAGUGGGCAGCAGCAGAGGGGUGAGGGCGUGGAGCAGAAGGAAAGGGAGGAGGAGGGUGAGUUGGGGGAAAUGAAGGGAGAGGAGGUGAAGGGAGAAGAAGCGGAGGAGGAUGAAGAAGUGAAGGUUGGGCCAGCGGAUUUGGGGAUGGAAAAGGUUGAUGAGGCACUGGCAGCAGCAGAAGAGGCAGUCAUGCCCAAAGUUAAAGGCACUGAUGCUGCUGGUGCUGCUGCUGGUGCUGGUGGUGGGAAUGUUACAAGUAAGGUGGGAAAGAGAGGAGAGGAGGAAUUGGUGGAUGCAAAUGUUACAAGCAAGGUGGGAGGUAAUAAGGGAGUUGAGAAGGAAGCGGAAGUGGUGGGGAAGAGAGGGAGUGAGGGGGGGACUAAAGAGGAGCCAGUAUUAGCUGGGAAAGAGGAGGAAGAGGAGGAGGAGGAGGAGAAGAAGGAGGAGGAGGAAGCGGCAGAGGAAACGGAAGAAGGAAAAGCAGAGGAUGCAGCUGCAGCAGAGGAGGUUGAAGAGCUAGCGACAGAGACGAAGGAGGGUGCAACUAAAGACAGCUGGAGGGUUAGCAAAGCAGGUAGUGAGGCAGGUGGAAAGGCAGGUGGAAAGGCAGGUGGAAAGGCAGGUGGAAAGGCAGGUGGAAAGGCUAGUGGCGAAGGCUCAACAGUAGCAGAGGAGGUUGAAGAAUUAGCGACAGAGACAAAGGAGGGUGCAGAAUUGGAUACAUCUUUGGUCACUGGGGAAAACGGUACAGCUACAGGCAGCUGGAGGGUUAACAAAGCAGCUAGCAAGUCAGGUGGCAAGGCAGGUGGCGAAGGCUCAACAGCAGCAGCUGCAACAGCAGCAGGAGAAACGGAAACGGAUGUUACUGUGGUUAAUUUAGCUGCUGCAAACACCAGUGAUGGAGAGGGUGUGUCAGGAAGGGAUGCGCUUACAGGAGCAGAUCUUACAGGGAAUAGUCUGUUGAGAGGAGAAGAGGAGACUCGUGGGUCAACUCAAAGGUCGAAGGACCCGGCUGGAAAGGGCAUGUCUGGAAAGGGUACUCUUACAGGAGCAGAGCUGACAGGGGAUAGUUUGAUGAGAGGAGAAGAGGAGACUCGUGGGUCGACUCAAAGGUCGAAGGUCCCUGCCGGAAAAGGCACGUCUGGGAAGGGUUCUCUUACCGGAGCAGAUCUUACAGGGGAUAGUGUGAUGAGCGAGGGAGAAAGGGGAGAGGACGAAGAGGAGAGGGAGGGGGAGGGGGAGGAGCAGGCGGAGGGGGGUUUGGGUGAUAAUAUUGCUGUUACUGAGCGGCUGGGGAAGAAGGGAGGUGGCACAAAAGCGGUGAGAGUGGGAGAGGGAGAAAGGGGAGAGGAAGAGGAGAGGGAGGAGGAGAGGGAGGAGGAGAGGGAGGAGGAGAGGGAGGAGCAGGGGGAGGGGGGUCUGGGCGACGAUAUUGCUGUUACUGAGCGGCAGGGAAAGAAGGGAGGUGACACAAAGGGGGUGAGAGUGGGAGAGGGAGGGGAGGGAGGAGGAAUGGAUGGGGUAAGGGGAGAGGAGGAGGUGGAAAGGGAAGAAGAGGAGGGAGAGGAGGAGGCGGAGAUGAGAGCAGAGGAGGGAGGAGAGGAAGGGCUUUUGCACAGCAGGACUUCGGGUAAAAAAGGGAAGGGCGCUGCAGCUGAGGAUAGGGUUAAGAGUGGUGCUGAGGGUAGGGUUAAGGGUGGAGCUGAGGGUGGGGCUGAGACUGGGGCAUUGGAUGCAGAAGCAGCAGCAGAGGAGGGAGGAGAGGAAGGGCUUUUGCACAGCAGGUCUCGGGGUAAAACUGGGAAGGGUUUUGGAGGUGACAGUGGGGUUGAGAGUGGCGCUGAAAGUGGGUUUGAGAGUGGGGCAUUGGAUGCAGAGGCAGCAGCAGAGGAAGAAGACUCAGUGGCAGGUGGAAGGGUAGAUGGAAGGCCAGCAGCAGCAGACGCAGCAGCUUCGAAAAAGGGGGCUGAUGGGAAUAGAGGACAAGCAGGUGGUGCUGGUGAGUCUAGGAAGAGAACAGGUGGAGAGGAGGAGUUUCCUGCUGCAGAAGAAGAGAGAGAGGGUGAGAGUGAGGAUGGGGGUGAGGAGGAUGAGGGAAAGAGGGGAAAAGGAUCCGGUGGUGAUGCUAGGAAAGGAACAGGUGGAGAGGAGGAGAGGGGACAAGGAUUUGGUGAUAGUGAUACCAGGAAAGGAACAGAUGAGGAGGGAGAGUACGGUACAGAAGAAAAGGCGCGAGAGAGCGAGAGGGGGAGCGGGAGCGAGGGAGGGAGAGAGGAGGACGGUGAUUGGGCGAUGCCUGGAGAUGACUUCGCUGCUGAAGAAGCAGCAGAAGAUUCACCUGAAAAAUCACCUGAAGAUGCACUUGAGGGUUCGGCUGAGGAAGACGGGUAUCCUGCUGAAGGGGCGAACGGGGGUCGGUUUUCAGGUGGUAAGAACACAGACGCAGUGACAGGUGAAAGAGGAGCAGGAGGGUUUCAGACAUCUGAGAGUAAGAGGAAAGGCAGUUUGCCAAGUGGCGAAGGAGGAGGGGCAGGAAAGCUUGGGGGGGGUGCUGCUGCUGCUGCUGCUGCUGCUGCUGCUGGUGGUCGUGGGGUGUCUCCGUAUGGGGGAGAGGAGGAUGAGUAUGGAACGCUUCAGGAUUUCGGUCCGUCCAAUCCCAAAGCAGCAGCAGGAGCAGGGGCAGGAAAGCUUGGUGGUGAUGGUGGUAGGGGUGGUGGGGGUGGUGAUAGGGGGUCUCCGUAUGGGGGAGAGGAGGAUGAGUAUGGAACGCCCAAAGCAGCAGCAGGAGCAGGGGCAGGAAAGCUUGGUGGUGGUGGUGGUGGUGGUGGUGGUGGUGGUGGUGGUGGGGGUAGUGGCAGGGAAUCUCCAUAUGUGGGAGAGGAGGAUGAGUAUGGAACGCUGAAGGAUUUCGUGGAGGGGGAGGAGGAGGAGGAGGAGGAGGAGGAGGAGGAGGAGGAGGAGGAGGAGGAGGAGGAGGAGGAGGAGGAGGAGGAGGAGGAGGAGGAGGAGGAGGGGGAGGAGGAGGGGGAGGGGGAGGAGGAGGAGACAAGUUAG